AUGCCUCGUGCUGCCUCGUUCUUCACCUUUGAGCGUGCUCGCAUGCUCGCUGCUCCCUACCCGCUCCUCGAGGGUCCUCGCCUCGCCGUCCGCCAGGCCCACCUCGACCGCAGCUGUGACGAGCGCGACCUCGCCGACCUCGGCCGCCUCCCGCUCCACCCUUGGCUCGUCCACGCCGCCAAGCUCGACUACAAAAAGGUCAUGGCGUCGACGGCCACCACCUCGUUCGCCCUCGUCGCCACCUCGACCGCCACGGCCGACCGACGUGACCUCUCGCCUACGCCGCGCCCGCUCAAGCGCAAGGCCGACGACACGGACGGCGCUUUUGUCGCCGACAUGACGCUGCCGGAGAAGCGGUGCCGGCUCACCAAGGAGCAGUACAUCUGCCGCAUCGCCAAGGGCUACAACCGCGAGAUCACCUCGGACGACGAGGAGAAGACGAAGCUCGCCGUCGCUCUGGCCCGCUUCCACGAGUUCUGCGCGAUCGACAAGAUCCUCAAGGCGAAGAAGGAGCGCCAGGCCGCCAUCACCUCGGCCCUCGUCGACCACCUCAAGGGCCUCGAGGACUGCUACCUCAUGCUCGCCAAGGACGCGGGCGAGCUCGACGCUGCCCCGCUCAAGGUCGAGCCGGCCAAGCCCAAGAAGAAGACCUCGCCGUCGGCCAGCCCGUCGAUGCGCCGCUCGACCGAGGAGCUCUUCCCAGACGACGAGUACGUCCCCGACGACCUCGCCGACAAGUACAUGACGCCGGCCGAGAUCCGCCGCUCGCUCCGCAUCGCUGCACGCGCCGAGCACCUCGGCAACGAGGCGUGGGCCGACCUCUCGGACUCGGACGACUCGGACGACUCGGACGACUCGAACGAGGACGACGUCGACGUGCUCGUCCUGUCGGACGACGAGGACGUCAAGCCGGUCGUCGCGCGCCCGCAGUUGCCCGAGCGUCGCCACAAGCACAAGACGUACGAGGAGCCGAUCGUGCUCUCGGACGACGACGAGCCGGCGGCGCCCGCCAACAAGCGCGCGAGGUGCUUGUCCAAGCAGUGCCCGAUCGACCAUUUCAGCAAGCUCGACCUCAUCAAGCUCAUCCACGACAUCAUCCCGAUCGACUCGACGACCAGCACCACUGCCGCAAGAACCACCGACAACCUGUCGACCUUUGUCUCGCCGUACCCGUCGUGCAGUGCCGGCUCCUUUCUUUCGACGAGGCGCCGCGACCGUCCUGCCCUCGCGCACGACGCCGUUCGACCGCCUCCGCUGUGCAGACCCUCGAGCUUCGUCUCGGCCACUCUUGGUCACGUGUCCUGA